UCCGCCGCUGCUCUCCGGUGAGGUGUUUAUAAUCUGGGCCGGGGAGAGCGGCGGAAUUUAGAGACUUAUUGUUAAUAUUUUUAUUCUUUGCUUGUGGAUAUACCGGGCGGGUUACCUAAGGAACGUCCGGAGGCAGAAGCUAGAAGCGCGGCUUUGUGGCUGCAGUUUGAAUGUCCCGCCGCCCCCCGGCCUAUAGAGACUGAACCCGCCGCGCAGGAUCAGUGUGCGGGACGCUGCGAGCGGGAUCCCGGAUCCGGCGCAAGUGAGGGGCGGCGACACAUAGACCUCUAUAUACCGCUCUGCAACGAACUGCUUGCAUAAGCUAUUCAGACACCCGCGCUACCUUAUGGAACCCCAUGUAAACCUAAGAGGCGCACUGUGACGCCCUUCAUACCGCAUAACCCGUGCUUCUCCCGUUACCGUGCUAUAUAUAUACUCCGCUGCACAUUCUCCUUAUUUAUGUAACCGAACCCAUAUUUACUUAUUUAUCGUAUUAUUUAUCUGCAGUGUAUUUAUAUCCCUGUGUACUCGGUGUGUCCCUAUGUAAAAGUUCCCAACCAUAUACAGAUAAACUGAAGUUCUAGUCUCACUCGCCCACGUUGCACCCCAGUCACCCCGGAUUAAUUCUACGGUGCUACCAGAGCCCCCUAGUUCCAGACACUUUAAGCACACGAUCUGCAAUACAGCUGUGGGAUGCCUGUUACAAGUUGUCCAGAACAAGGGAGCACAAGAGAAAAUGGGACAGAAUGCACUGCAGUGCGCUCAAGGAAAAGAAAGGCAGAUGUGGCUAUUUUUUUGCAAGACCCAGAUGAAAAGGUGGAUAAUCUGGAAAUGACAAAGAAAAAGCAAUAUGAUUACAGGGUAAAUAAUAUUAGGGUAUGGUUGGGGGCACUGACACGUGACAUGAUCUGUAAAAGCCCACACAAGGUUAUUCCAACACGCAAAGAAGAGCAUGGACCACAAUCUCUCAGCUUCACACAGUUCAUAUCUCUUCGCUUCAGUCCAGUCAGUGUGUCUCCACUCCCAAGAUUAGGCUGGGCUAAUCAGGAUGAUGUGUGGAGAAAUAUGCUAAACAAGGAUCGGAAUUACCCUAGAGACAAGGACUUUUUUGACAGACACCCUCAGCUACAGCCUGGCAUGCGAGCAAUUCUUCUUGACUGGCUUAUGGAGGUUUCUGAAGUCUACAAGCUUCACAGAGAGACUUUCUAUUUGGCACAGGAUUUCUUUGAGUUUAUGGCCACACAACAGAAUAUAGUGAAGACUAGGUUACAGCUUAUUGGGAUUGCAUCCUUGUUCAUAGCUGCAAAACUAGAGGAAAUCUACCCACCAAAGCUUUGUCAAUUUGCUUUCAUUACUGAUGGUGCUUGUACAGAAGAAGAAAUUCUUAGCAUGGAGUUGCUAAUCAUGAAGGCACUUAACUGGUGUUUAAGUCCAAUGACUAUAGUCUCCUGGCUGAAUGUCUUUUUGCAAGUGGCAUACCUAAGAGAGUGCCAACAACUGCUGCUUCCCCAAUACCCACAGAAGCUUUAUAUCCAAAUAGCAGAGGUAAGUAUCCAUUUCUGCUGGAAUCUGUGUGUUCUUGAUGUUGGCUGUUUGGGAUACCCUUAUGGAGUCAUUGCUGCCUCUGCUUUAUAUCACUUUUCAUGUGCCGAGCUUGUGGAAAAGGUUUCAGGGUAUGAAUGGACAGAGUUGGAGUCGUGUAUAAAAUGGUUGGUUCCUUUUGCCAUGGCUAUAAAGGAUGCAGGAAAAUCAAAAUUAAAGUUCUUCAGAGGAAUCGAUAUUGAGGACAUGCACAACAUCCAGACACAUACUGGCUGCUUGGAGCUGAUGGAUAAAGCGAAUAUUAAAAAGGCACUGUUAGAGGAAAAAAACCGGGUUUCACCAAUUCCAUCUGGAAUACUCACACCUCCACGGAGUGAAGAAAAACACAAGUCUGAUCUUAAAGAAUGAAAUGUUCUUUUGAUUAUUGGAUUUGACUGUAGAGUUUCUGCACAUGGAGACGGUGUAGAAUUCUUGUUUUAAAGUUGUGUGGGAACUGCUUUCUUGAAGAGGACCGCUCCACUUUUUAAACUUUAAAAAAAUUACUAUUUAAAGAGGUCCUGUAAACUAGCCACAGAACUGAGAUGGUUACUAUGCUGCUAAAAAGGUGCUAGCGCCGUACAAUCUAGCUGCUCCGCACCAGGGAAAGUGACUGAAUCUGACUGCCAGGUUUAUGUGUGGCCUGCUGUGCUUCAUGUGAAUCGACUAGUGUGCAAUGUGUCCCCCCCCCCCCCCCCCCCCCUUCUCUACCUUGUUUACUUUAUUAAUGCUGCUACACAUCUAUCUUUUUAAAUAAAUAUGCUGUCUUUAGACGGCAAAGUGUUUUUAUAUUUUUAA